AUGGUUAAAGAGGAGGUUGCAAAUAUCUCCUCUAAGUUGGCAACCAUUGAAAAAGUGCUGCAUGAUGCAGAGAGACGAAGGCUAAAGAACAGAAGUGUUGGAAUUUGGCUGGAAAAGCUUGAGGACAUAACAUAUGAGAUGGAUGAUAAAAGGAUCGCAAAAGCUAUCCUUGACAGUCCAGGGAAGAGUUCUCCUGAUUUGUCAGAGUUGGAACCACUGCUUCAACUAUUGAAAGAAACUUUUUCUGGUAAGAGAUUCUUGCUUGUCCUAGAUGAUGUCUGGACAGAGGAUGACUCAAAGUGGAAACCUUUCCAAGACUCUCUCAAGGAUGGCGCCCCCGGAAGUUGGCAGAAUGUUUUGGACAGUGAGAUAUGGCAAUUGAAGGAAGCCGCCGCGAGCCUUUUUCCUCAUUUGUACUUGAGCUACAAUGAAUUACCUCCAGAGUUGAAACGUUGCUUCUCAUAUUGUGCUGUCUUUCCCAAAGAUCAUGAGAUAGAUGUAGAAGAGCUUAUUAGGCUGUGGAUAGCACAAGGUUAUGUUCGCCCAAUCCGAAGAGGUGAGCGCUUGGAGCUGGUGGGCUUUGAGUACUUCAACAAUUUGGCAAUGCGUUCCUUUUUUCAAGAAUUUAAAAAAAGUGUAGUUGAUUACGUGCAUGAGGUUACAAGGUGCAAGAUGCAUGACAUAGUGCAUGAUUUUGCACAAUUUCUCACAAAAAAUGAAUUUUGUCAUGUACUUGAUGGAAUUGAUUAUGAACAGGGCAUUGGAAGAAAUUCAUCUAGUGAAAGAGCACGUCAUUUAACAAUUUUGGAAGGCACUGAGGAGAUGUUUAGUUCUCUAGUCAUUGAUUUUGGAAGGCUUAGGAGCUUUUUUGCUUAUUCACAUGGAAGAGUAAUUCCUCAAGAUCUGUUUUCAAAUUGA